CUUCGUGUACAUAGGUCCGCAUGGACAAGGGUGUAAACCAACCCGUGAGAAAACCCUUUCACUUCUUGACUCUCUUUCAAGCUUGCUUCAACGCGAAGUCGCGUCGCUCACUUAUUCAUGGCACCCAAAAUCGUUCUCAGGGUACCCGGUUCAUCAGGCUCUUCGACCCAACCACCACAUCCACAGCCAUCAUCAUCUGGCCCUAGAAGAAUUCACAUUUCACCUCCUAGUCAAUCCUCGCCAAGAGUUAUAAUUCCACCCUCCAGCAAUGCUCAGACAUCUCCGCCUUUUCCUGCUGACAAUACAGUCUCACGAGAGGUGUCAGACCAAGAAACAGUGGUAGACGUCGAUAUGAAUACUUCAAUGCCUGAUAGUACUCCUUUCGAACCUCAAGUCCAACCCCAACCAAUGCAGCCACCUGUAAAACGGGGCCGUGGUCGUCCCAAGGGUAGCGGUCGCGGCUCGACGAUAGCGCGUGCUAGCAGUGCCGCUGACAUUCCAGGAAGUCCCCUUCUCGACGGCGGUAGUCCCGGUCCUGGGACGAUUACACCUACUGGACGAGGGAGAGGGAGAGGCAGGGGGAGAGGAAGAGGACGGGGGAGAGGUGUAUCUUCUUUGAGGAUUCGUUUACCUAAACGCGAUGAUGAUGGAACUGGGGCUGAGAGCAGUGAAGCUGGUGGUGAAGAUGCUAUGGAUGUAGAUGAAGCUGAGGGAGAAAUGGAAAAGAAACCGCCUAUAGCAGGAGGAAAGCCCUUCCAGCGAAUACAGGGAGAGAUAUACAUCAUUGAAGGGGACGAAUUCGUUACGCCAGAUGACCCAAAGGGAGACGAGAAGAUAGACAAGUGGGGGAAUCUACUCGGUGGACGACGCUUUAAAUCAAACACAUUUAUUCUUCCUAAUCGACAUCCACAACGACAAUACAUGCUCGCCAUCGACGCUGCUCGUACCAGUGGCUUCCGUGACUCGUUGUACUACUUUCGUCGUAAUUUGCUCGCUUUCAAGCUCAAUGCAACUCAACCUGAAAAAGACUACCUCAUAAGCGAGGGGAAGUUGGGAUCGCACCUACGCACGCGGAGUGUUACCCUUGUUACGGCCAGAAGCGCGUUCAAACUGCAUGGAAGUAAAAUGCUAAUCGACGGUAGAUGGGUAGUUGAUGACUACUAUGAGGACAAGGUCCUCGCGGAGAUUACAGAACGCGGACUAAAAGCAGGAGACCUUGUGGGUGAACUACCUGAUCCCAAUGCUUCAUCUGCAAAAGACAACGCUGCGGCUGCGAUGGAUGCUCGUAACGCUCUUGCCAACCUCGAUUCUGAUCGUGGUGGCGGUGGGAGUAUAUACCGUGCUGGUGGACCUACGACAAUCUUUGGUGGUAGUGGAUGGGGUCCGUAUAGUGACGGACCCUUGAACGCGGUGAGAAAGAGCGUCUUGACGCGUGACGGCGUCAAUGAAGAGAACUGGAUGUUUCGAAUGGCAUCGAAAGUUGGCGAAGCAACUGAGGAGUGGCGUCGAUGGAGGGAGAAGGCUAUUGGUAGGGUUCGAGAGAGUGAUGGUCCUCCAGAUGUUAACAUCGACAUCGAUGGGGGCCCUACCAAAGCUGGCAAGAAGCCAAAACUGCCUUCAGGUGUCGAUUUUGAUCCUGGACCGGCGUUGGGUACUUAUGACCCCCAUACUGGGAUGAACUUCUAUCGUUCAUCCACACAACCUACACGUUCGCGAAUGGAACUAUUACCAGACUCGGCACCGCCUGGGCCGCGCCACGUUUUGGGAGGCAAAAAAGCAGGAAGCCAAGGGUGGGGUAUUGCAUGGGUGGACACUGUCAUGGAGUUACCUGUCCUUCCGGAAGACACGGCAAAUUAUGGUCCAGCCAACCAAGAGUCAUCAGCAGCCCUGCGAGAAUGGUUACUUCCUGGAGGGGAAGUCAGAGAACGGCUACUGAGAGAGGUUAGAGCAGCUGGGAUCGCCUGCUAAGAUGAUCCGAUCCCUUCUUCCUCUUUUUCUGCGGCGACAUCUUGGAUUGGAACACGGGAUACUUGUGUUCUGCCGGUCAUGUAUUCGUACGCUACGUACGGAAAUAGUGACUCGUCAUUGAGGACCACGGCAUAAGAAAUGAACCGACCAAUCCUUGGAUAUGGAGGCUGGUGUGUGUCCCGGUUUCUUAGCACUAGAUUGCUUGUACACACUAAAUAAUCUACCGAAGUAAAGAAAGAAAGAACACUAGUCUAAUCAUUUGGUCCUGGCAGAUAUGGCAUCACAUAUUCUCACUUGCGUUCGCUCUGAGCCGCUUAUUGUCUUCCAGUUAUGCUCACUGCUG